AUGGAGACUUCCAAGCAAAGACUCAGACGGGCUAUGCGACUUCCUGGCCCAUCCAUUGGCUUGAAACGAUCCCAGACAGAUACUACUAAUGGCCAAGUUCAGCUGCGCCCUGGCGAUCAGGCUGAAGGUGGGGUAGAGCCGGCAGUAGCAGAUCUGCUUCAUCGCCGGUCCAUGUCUCCUUCGCUACAAUCUAGUGCACAACAACUUACCAUGCCGCCAAACACUAGCAGCUUUCCUGAUAGAUGGGCCGAGAUAAGGCGAAAGGCCGAGCUGAGGCAAACGGGUCAAGGAGCCGAGCAAAACGAGGAAGAAACCCAAGAUGAAGAGACCAUCGAGAGUCGCGUGGCACGCAUAAAAGCUCGAGUAGCAGAGUUGACAGGCAACUAUGAGAAAGGCUUCCCUGUUCCUACUGAGCAAAACCAAGAGAGACCAUUAGCACUGCACACCCGUCGACAUACGGCUGGGAACAUCACCACCUCCCCUAAUGCACAACCUGCGCCUCGUCACAAUGAUAUUUGCAUGGAACUUGUAGUCUUCGACGAUGCCUUAUCUGAGCCGUCCGUCAUCAAAACCGUUGGAGAUUCUACCCGAACAUCGUCAGGGGAUGGAAGCGAUCCGACUCAUAUCGAACGAGACCUAUUCUGCAGAACAUGGGAUUCGAAGCCAAUACUAAAUCGUAUAUUAUCGGAGAUAGGUGUUGCAAGCCCUCGAGAUGCUCUCGAUAGCCUUGGGAUUACCGAUCUGUGGCUACCGCUGUCGAAACAACUACUCAAACGAUUACUGAGUGAUCCUCGUCAUGUCUCAGAGUUUCUGAAACUACAAGACGAACAUCUCAGUGUGGUUCUUGCGUAUUGGACGCAGCUUGUCACAGGAGAACGUAUACACGAGAUGAUGUUCAGUCACUGCGAGUUUGAGGACGACGAAGAGAUAUUCGAGGAGAAUCGUUUGCUCGGCGAAGGGAUGGUCGGUCUUGUCGAGGAGGUAACUGUACGAAGCCGAGAACCACCUCUUAUAUGCGUACGAAAGAAAAUUGCAAGGCCUAAACAACUCAAAGCUCACCGGCAGAUCAUGGCUGCCUUCAUCCGAGAGAUCGGGGUUAUGCGUCAAGUCGAUCAUCGCCACUGCGUUCGGUUUCUUGGGAGUUAUACCGACAAUGAGUCUGUCAAUAUUCUCUCGACCCCGGUGGCUGACAUGGAUCUUGCUGCCUUCCUCGAUAAGCCUAUUGGGGACCGGGAAUGGGCCAUACUCUACAAGGGCAUUGACUGUGUUUGUAACGGGCUAUUGUAUCUCCAUGACAACAAGAUUCGGCACGAGGAUCUGAAGCCUCAGAACGUUCUUGUUCAUGGCACCAACAUAUUGCUCACCGACUUUGGAUUCAGGUGA